UACUCAUCCGACCACAUGAUCGAGGCCGAUCGACUCGAAUCAGCUAGAGCUCAAAUGGGUCUGGUCAGAGAAGAAAACCAAAGGCUAAAGUCCAUGUUGUCCCAAAUUGUGAAGGACUACCAAUCUUUACAACACCAGUUCUUUGAGGUUGUCCAAGAAGAAGAGAAGGCCGAGAUGGAACCAUCACCGAACAAACUUUUGCUUCCUCAUAACCAAGAAAACAAUGAAGAAGCUGAACUCUUGUCCCUCACCCUAGGACUGAGCUCGAGCCAACUGAAGACCGAGGGGGAGAGGAGAAACACAUUAACGAUGCAGAGUGAAAGCGCAAAGAAUGGAAAUAGUGACAUGAAACAAGAGUUGUCACUUGGCUUGUAUGACGGAAAGAUCAUGAGUCGUGAUCAUGAGAGCUCGAAAGACACGAAGGAAGGUGAAAUUUCAAAGAAAUGGCCGCCAAGUAAAGUUCUCAAGACCGUGAGAAGUGAUGAUGAGCAGGCUUUGGAGCAAACCCAUUUGAAGAAAGCUAGGGUUUGCGUCAGAGUUAGGUGUGACGCAUCCACUAUGGAAGAUGGAUGCCACUGGAGGAAGUACGGACAGAAAAUUGCGAAAGCAAAUCCAUGUCCUCGAUCAUACUACCGUUGCACUGUCUCGCCAUCUUGUCCAGUCAAAAAGCAAGUACAAAGAUGCGUGGAGGACAUGUCCGUCUUGAUCACCACUUAUGAAGGGAAUCACAACCACCCUCUUCCUGUCUCGGCCACGGCUAUGGCUUUCGCCACAUCUGCAGCCACUUCCAUGAUACAAUCUCACUCAUCGACCUCACAACAACAACAACAACACCCUGGCCUUCCAUCUCCGACGUCUUCAGGCCCCGCUUCUGCCACGUCUACUAGUGGCUUGUACGGACUCGAUUUCGCGGGCGAUCGAAAUCCAAAGCUGCCUCGACUUUAUUUCUCUAACUCUACUUCGAUUUCGACUUGCAAUUCUCACCCCACCAUCACCCUUGAUCUCACCUCGAGCCCUGAAUUCUCCAAUCACGAUGGAUAUCGAUCCUCUUCAUGGUUCCCAUCUUUACCGAAACUCCCUUCAACAUUUCUCAGCUUCUCCUCAUCACCACCUUCAUCAUCAUUGCCGAGUCACUUAGAUACCGCAACCCAUAAAUCAUCUUCGGGCAUUGGUCCUAGGGUUUUAAAUCAUGGGGUGCCACCCCAACAUCAAUUGUACCUACCCCAAUUGUGGCCAGUUACCAAUACCCAAGCUUCUCAUCCACAAUCUUUAGCCGACAAGUUCGGCGCUGAAGCAACGAAAGCAACAUCUUCGAAUUUAUCUUCCCAAUCCGCGUUAGUAGCCGCGAUGACCUCGUUCGUUGGCGACAGGGCAACUGGCUUUCUCGGUGAUAAAGGAAAGGAAGGAGGUUUUGGGCUGAACUUGAAGUUCGGUGAUGAUCCAGCGACACCAAUUGAAUUACUCCGACCAUCCCCGCAAGCUGAUGGUAUAUCGUGUGCUUCUUCAAGCUACAUGGACAAUCCAAUGGCUUUGGGCUCUCAACAUGGACCGAAGAGCUCGAUUUGGUUUCCGCAUUCAUCAGUGGCAUUAUCCACAUCUAAGAAGAGUGCCUGUGCUUCAAUGUCUCCUGCCGAGACCAAGGAUCAUCUCAUUAAGUUUCUUGCCAAUUCUGAAAUGUGACAUUUGGAAGGAACGAGACAAUUAUCAUAGAAUAGAAUUUACGUUAUGCUAGAAACAUAGAACCCUGAGGUUUAAGUAAUGAAGACCCCAAACUAAA